UGCCAUCUUGCUGCACAGCCAUCAUGGUGCGCAUGAAUGUUUUGGCAGAUGCUCUUAAGAGUAUCAGUAAUGCAGAAAAGCGUGGAAAACGUCAAGUUCUCAUAAGACCGUGUUCUAAAGUAAUUGUCCGGUUCUUAACUGUGAUGAUGAAGCAUGGUUACUUAGGUGAAUUUGAGAUCAUUGAUGACCACAGAGCUGGAAAGAUUGUUGUUAAUCUCACGGGCAAACUCAAUAAGUGUGGUGUGAUCAGCCCCAGAUUCGAUGUCCAGCUGAAGGAUUUGGAAAAGUGGCAGAACAACCUGCUACUGUCACGUCAGUUCGGAUUCAUUGUGCUGACAACUUCAGCUGGUAUCAUGGACCACGAGGAAGCUAGGCGAAAACACACAGGAAGGAAAAUCCUGGGAUUCUUUUUCUAAACU